AUGAAUGAUAUCGCUAAUAUUUUAUCAGAUUUAGAAGAGUCUAAUUUAUCGGUGAAGGAUGGUUUACACUAUGGAGCUCAUAUUGCCCUUUACGACCCACAAGCAAAUCUUUCCCACAGCAAAGCGUUGCUACAUUUUCACAGGGGAGAUUUGCCUAUCAAAUAUAUAAUAAGAUGGAACAGGGUAGCGGUAGCAAACAAUAAAUCUGCAAUAGUUGCAAUUCUAAGUGACAAUGGAUACAGUUAUAUGUCCACAAGACGAAUUAAUAAUCGUAAUUGUUAA